AUGGACAAUUCAACCGUUGAGGCAGAAAACGUCCCUAUACCCGGGGACACUGUUAAAGAUACCAUGCAUAUUAUUCAAGGAACAUUACCCCCUUCACCUCCUGCCACAGAUGAUAGCUGCUCAGUUUCAGAGGAGGAAACGACUGAGAUCCCCUUCCCACCUCCGACGACGAUUCCCACAGAAACUCUUGAUAUCGACCUUAAAACCCCUGACAGCCAUGUACCACGAGAUCCGAGAUUAAUUCGCUUGACCGGGGUUCACCCCUUUAAUGUUGAAGCACCACUGACUGCAUUAUUCAACGAAGGUUUCCUUACUAGCCCAGAACUGUUUUAUGUUCGUAACCAUGGAGCUGUACCACAAGUCUUGGAUGAAGACAUUCCGGACUGGGAGUUCUCCGUCGAGGGACUUGUCGAGAAGCCAUUCACCAUCAGCAUGCGUCAGCUCAUGACUGAAUAUGAGCAGGUGACUUAUCCUAUCACAUUAGUAUGUGCCGGCAAUCGGCGAAAAGAACAAAACAUGGUCCGAAAGAGCAAAGGAUUUUCUUGGGGGGCCGCUGGCUUGUCAACAGCACUAUUCACGGGCGUUAUCAUGGCAGAUGUCAUCAAGCGGGCACAGCCAAAGAGAAGGGCGAAGUACGUGUGUAUGGAGGGAGCCGAUAAGUUACCCAAUGGAUAUUAUGGCACAUCUGUGAAGCUCAACUGGGUUCUCGACGCCAACCGAGGAUUUAUGCUGGCCUAUAAAAUGAACGGCGAGAUGUUACGGCCAGAUCACGGCAAGCCACUUCGUGCUGUUAUACCGGGCCAGAUUGGUGGAAGGUCCGUCAAGUGGCUCAAGAAGCUUAUUGUCACCGAGGCACCUAGCGACAACUGGUAUCAUAUUUACGACAAUCGAGUUCUACCGACCAUGGUUUCACCUGAAGAGUCGGCGAACGAUCCAAAAUGGUGGACGGAUGAAAGAUAUGCCAUAUAUGACCUCAGCCCGAACUCGGCCAUAUGUUAUCCCCAGCAUGAAGAACAAUUAUGCCUUUCCGACGCGCCUAGUAGGUAUAGGGCCAGAGGUUAUGCAUACAGUGGUGGAGGACGACGGAUUACUCGUGUUGAAAUCUCACUCGACAAGGGAAAGACGUGGCGGUUAGCCAAUAUUGAGUACGCCGAGGACAGAUAUCGUGAGGUCGAGAGAGAGCUGUACGGUGGCCGGCUAGACAUGUCGUGGCGGGAAACCUCCUUCUGUUGGUGUUUCUGGUCGAUCGAUCUGGCCACCAGCGAAUUGGUUGCAGCCAAGGAUAUUCUUGUUCGUGCCAUGGAUGAAAGCAUGAAUGUUCAGCCCAGAGACAUGUACUGGUCCGUCUUGGGGAUGAUGAACAAUCCGUGGUUUCGUAUCGCCAUCACGCGAGAAGGAGAUUACCUGCGGUUCGAACAUCCUACACAACCGGCGCUCAUGCCGGGCGGCUGGAUGGAGCGAGUCAAGAAGGUAGGCGGCAACCUAGCAAAUGGCUACUGGGGCGAGAAACUCGAAGGGGAAGAUCAACAAGAAACCGAACUCGAGCCGCCGAAAGAAAUAUCGAUGGUCAAGGAAGGGCUGAAAAAAGCCAUCACCAUCGACGAACUACGAAAACACGAUGGCGAGGAACAACCAUGGUUCGUGGUGAACGGGGAGGUCUACGACGGCACAGCAUUCCUCGCCGCCCACCCAGGAGGCGCACAGAGCAUCAUAUCCGCCGCAGGGAUCGACGCCACGGAAGAGUUCAUGGCCAUUCAUAGCGAGACCGCCAAGGCCAUGAUGCCGACGUACCACAUCGGCUCGCUGGACGAAGCCGCCAGAACGGCCUUGACGGAAGGCGACUCAGAAGCAAGCGGCCAACCAACCACCCCGACCGAAACAUUCCUGCAGCCCAAAACCUGGAAGAAAGCCAUCCUGCACGGCAAGAAGAUCGUCUCGUGGGACACCCGCAUCUUCACGUACAAGCUCGAGCACCCAAGCCAACGCCUCGGCCUGCCCGUGGGCCAACACUUGAUGGUGCGGCUGCGCGACCCGGCGACCCGCGAAGCCAUCAUCCGCAGCUACACGCCGAUCUCGGAGAUCAACAGCGAAGGGUACAUGGAGAUGCUGGUGAAGGUGUACUUCGCGAACCCGAACACGUCCAGCCACGGUGGGAAGAUGUCGCAAGCGAUGGACGCACUUCCGAUCGGCCACUUCAUCGAGAUGAAAGGCCCGAUCGGCAAGUUCGAGUACCUGGGCCACGGGCGCUGUCUGAUCUCGGGCGUUGAGCGCAAGGUGUCGUCGUUCGUCAUGAUCUGCGGCGGCAGCGGGAUCACACCCAUCUACCAGGUGUUCCGUGCGGUGCUGCGCGACCCGCGGGACGAGACGCACUGUGUCGUCUUCGAUGGGAAUCGUCUGGUCGAGGACAUCCUGUGUAAAGAGGAGUUGGAUCUGUUGGAGAAGGAGAAUGGCCUACGUUGUCAGAUUCACCAUACGUUGACGAAGCCUGAGGAGAGCUGGACGGGGCUGAGGGGACGGGUCACGGGCGAGUUGAUCAGUGGGCAUGUUACGAGGGAUGACGGGGCAUUGGUGUUGCUUUGUGGGCCGGAGGCAAUGGAGAAGUCGAUGCACAAGGCGCUUUUGGAGCUGGGUUGGAAGGACGAUCAAUUGAUGUUCUUCUGA